CAAGACAACUUUGAAACAAUUUGAUGUUCAUAGAAUUUAGUAUAUCAACGCAAUUUUGAGUGAAGAGGAACUUGGUAUAUUAGGAAAUGAAAUUGAAUGACAGAAUAUCCACGUUUUGGAAUGUAUUGGCUUUACUCCUUUUUGCCAAUGCAGCCAAAUCAGCCAUCAAUGAUCCAAAAUUCCAUGCAAGCUUGAACAGCUUUAGCCAAAAUCUAUUCCAUCAAUUAUAUCAAACAAAUGGCAAAGAGAAUCUGAUAUUCUCACCUUUUUCCAUUCAAACAUGUCUGGCUAUGGUGCGUAUGGGAGCUGAUGGACCAACCGCUGUUGAAAUGGAUCAAGGUUUAAAUUUCACUGGCCAAUCCAUUGAUGGUAUUGCCAAAAAUUAUAAUGCCUUAUUAGGUCAAUAUGAGGAUGGAAAAAUAUUGAAAAUUGCCAAUAAGGUUUAUGUCAUGAAAGACUUCAGCCUCCAGAAUGAAUACAAGGAAAUUUUGAGCCAAAAGUUCUAUUCAUCUGCUGAGUCCAUGGAUUUUGAGAAAAGUGAAGAGGCUGCCAAAACCAUAAAUUCUUGGGUAGCAUCGAAAACCGACGAUGCCAUUGAAGAGCUGGUGGAGCCCAUGGAUUUGUCCAGCGAUACACGUCUUAUGCUUUUGAGUGCCAUUUACUUUAAGGGUGAUUGGGAGAAACCUUUUGAUGCCAAAAAUACCAAGGAAGAGGAAUUCUUUGUUGAUGAGGACCAGAGCAUUAAAGUUCAAAUGAUGUAUAGAGCCGGAAUGAUAGAUUACUCGAAAAUCGAAGAACUCGAUGCCACAGCUGUACGUCUGCCCUACAAAGACUCAGAUCUUUCAAUGGUGAUUAUAUUACCAAAUGCUCGCAAUGGUUUGGCUGCUAUGGAGGCGAAACUUGAAACCAUGUCGCUCACUUUGUUAUCGGAAAAACUCAAUAGAGCUCGCGGAACACGUCUUUAUUUGCCAAAGUUUAAGGUUGAGUUCACUGUAAAUCUUAAUGCAGCACUGAUAAAGAUGGGUAUGAAACAAAUGUUUUCUCAAGCAAAUUUGGGCAAAAUGCUGCAACAACACGAACCUCUACAGGUUUCUGAUGUUGUCCAUAAAGCCAUAAUAGAUGUAAACGAAUGGGGAACCACUGCUGCUGGCAUUACACGUGCUGGUAUUAUGACCCGUACACGCGCCAUGAUUUUCAGGGCGGAUCAUCCAUUUUACUAUGUGAUCAUGAAUGCAGACACGGUUCCAUUAUUUCAAGGAACUUUUGUUGGAGCUUAAGUACGGCAGAUACAUAGAUAGAUUUAAACUGAUCAAUUAAAUUUGAAUAAAAAAUGAAGUCUUCUUUA